GGCGGCGGGCAGUGGCGCGCGUGCACCAUCGUCACGGGCACGGGCACCGCCGCCGCCAACGCCGCCACCGCCGCAAACUUUCGCAGUCCCGCCGACGGAGCCACGCGCACGCACGCACACGGCGCCAGAACGCCGCCACCGUCGCAGAUCCGCGAGCCGUACGGCAACGCUCACGUCGCAUCGUUUUUAAACAGCCGCCGCCGCUACCGUUCAUAAGUUCAUAAAAAUAUUAUAUUUUCUCGCACCAAACGGUGGUUCGUCGGCAAUAGUUGUCGGUGCUCUGUUCGGUUUCCUCACUCGUUCGUUUCGCCGCUGCAAGCCGACAUACAUUUGACACAUUUUUAUAGGUACAAUAUACAGCAAACAGAGCGUAUAAUUAUAUCGGUCUUCGACGCGGGGCCUCGAAAACUUUCGGCAGGACUGCAGCGAGGAGAGUCCGCGGGCGCGCGUCUGGCGGCGUGCGUGCUCGCUUCGGUCUCGAAUGCGAGCGAGCGAGGGCGCGCGCGCAUCUCGCCGCCGAUAGCGUACGCAGUAAACGCGCGCGCGCGCCCCCUCUUCGCCACACACUUAGCAAACCACCCACGAUCACCCCGGCACCCCUGCGGCCRCGAGUUCUUGUGUCGGCGCCAAACACGGUAUAUAAUACGAGGCACGCGUAACAAGUAUAAAUGGUAAACAAUGGCCGGCGACCAGUCCGGGCGCAGGUAAACGUUUCCGCCGUGACCCGACGAAUAGACGUGGACGACAUCAUCGUUGCCGCCGACGUCGCAAUAUAACAAAUAAACAUGAUGGCCUUAAAAAAAAAAGAUGUUUGACUUAAAGAAGAAAUGUCGGUAAAAAUAAAAUAAAAUGGACGAAUCGAUAGACGGAUUAAUUGAGAAAAUGCUUUUUUAGCCAGUGACGGUCGUUUGUGUUGCACGGUGAACGUCACUGCAGCGGCAUGAGUUGCGAGAUCACGGCCGUGGACGAUCUCCGGACCGAUCCUCCGACGCGAAAGUGUAGCACGAGCAGCACGAACAGCACGAGCAGUACGAACAGCAUGACCAGCGCCGGGAGCAUGGCCACGUCGGACGGGGACGUGGAUGCGGCCGCUGUGGCCAUCCCGUCGUCGGCCGUCGUGGUCUACGUCACCGACGACGCCGUCGCGACCAUGAGCGUGGUCGGCUGUCGCGGAGACCGUACUCGCAGGACGAAUGAUGCGUCGAGUUCAGAUAUCCACACGGACCGGGACGAAUGUUCCUCAGACGACAGCUGCAACGGGCCGGACUCGCCCACGGGGCUGAAGCGGGUCGGUUCCGUGUACGACUUCGGGCUUGACGGUGCCGACAGCCCGCCGCCGUGCGCCAACUACCCGUUCGCCACCGGGCCCGACGCCGACCUGACUAAGGUGGCGCGCAAGCAGUUGCGCAUGAUCCGCGAGGUGGACGUGGCCGUGUGCCAUCUAAAUCACACCAACACGAUCAUCAGCAAGAUACUCAGCUCCAAGUAUCUGAGACGGUGGGAGAAUCAUCAGAUCCGUUUACAGGACGAUUGCAUAACUUCUAGCACGCCAAGUGGAUUUCUUAGUAAGACUAUUGGGUACGAAGCUAUAAAAGAUUUAUAUCCAGUUAAAAGAUGGGAUUCAAAUUUCAAAUACUGUCUUCGGGUAGUCGUUACUAAUGGCUCUUAUUUAUUACAGACUACCAAUCAAUAUUUGAGAGAUCAAAUUCUUUAUUCAAUCUUAUGGAAGAAAAACGUUCAAGAAACCCAAACACUUUUGAAAAGUCAAUCCGAUCCAGACGAUAUGUUAAAAGAAUUGCAGAAUAUAGUGGAUUUUGCCAAAAACAUUCCAUUGGUCGAUGAUGAAAUAUUUCAUAUGCCAACUUUUAUUGCGAGUACGCUAAUGACAAGAGACCAAGAAAAAUAUUGCAAGCAAUCGUGGGAAAAAGCUCUAAUCGGUACGUUGCGCCCGUUGAUUGAAGACUGUCCCCCGUCCGCCGAAAUGUGUUCGUUUUUAUCGCAUCAUUGUAAAGACCAAAGUAGCCUACCUAUUAUUAAAGAUUCCUUAGUUUACACCAUAACAAGAAUACUCAAACAUAAUUUUGACUUCGCGAGAACACUGACGGCUCGCACAUUAGUACAAGAUUAUAUCAAGGCUCUUUACAUCCAGGACCAAAGCGGCGAGUCAAUUAGAUAUUUUCUAUCGAGAGUCCACAGUGCCAGCGCUGUGUGCCCUCACAACAGGGUACUGCCGAACAUGGUGUCCACCUGUAUUACUGCCAUAUACUCCGCAUCAGAGGAGUUGCCGGUUAACUGUUCGGAAGCCGAAUUCGAUUGCUAUUACACCAAUCACCUGAGAUGCUACAUUGUUGUUCUUCAAAACAUAUCAGAAUACAGCGAUUGGCUGUACGGACUUGCUCAACUGUUGCGUCCGCUGCCGUUUCCCGSAUUGCUGUUAAUUCGUUCAAUUUUUAUGGAGGACAUUUCCUCUGUGAUAUUAAAAAUAGGACUGCAUGAAGAUUGUGAAAUUCAUAAGCAGGUAUUAGCUGUCCGUGAGACAAAAGACGGCUGGUUCGAUUUGUGUUCACCAAUUGAAGCUGUGUUCUGUGGAAGUUCAAUUGUUUGGACUCAAUUGCUUAAAACGUUGAUGGCUUGCGAGCGCUGUAAAAAAAAGAAACUCUUGAAAAAUUUGAAAGCCAAGCAUUUGGGAACGUGCGUUUCGGAAGCGUUAAAAAACAACAAAAUCGUGAUGGAUGUCUUGUGCUUAAUGCUUGAGUGGAUGGUCGUGGAAGAUUUGCAUCAAAGAAAUCAGAUUGUCGAUACACUAAAGUCUACAGAAUUUGGCAGAAAAGUAUACGAUGAGUUUAUGUCAAGGCAGAAUCAACUACUUGAAUUGCAACGAAAAGGAGGCCCUCAAAACUUAUCAUUGCCGGCCCGAGGCACUGAUUUGGACCUGAAUUCCAUGUUUGAUUGUGGCCCUUUUGGUAAUUUAGAGUCGGUCGACUUGGCUUUUACCAAUGUUACAGAUACUUGUGCCAAUACGUUGAUUAAAUUACCAUCUUUAAAAGUUCUUAAUUUGUGGGGUACUCAGUUUGGUGAUUCCGGGCUAUUAAUCAUAUCGGAUCAUCUGACCAACUUGCAAGUUUUGAAUUUGUGUGAGACCAAAGUUACCGACAGGGGAAUUGUAUCGCUCAUAAGUCUCAUCAAUUUGAAAAAACUUAAUUUAAAUAGUACUAAAGCAACGGUUCGAUCCGUGGACGUAUUGAAAAAAAAACUACCAGGCUUACACGAAGUAGACGUCAGAUACUCAUUUGCCUGGUAAAAUGUAUUUUUUUUUGUUAUGAUAUAUAUUAUUAUAAUGUGUUCAACAUAAAAUGAUUUUUAUAAUUUUUUUA